AUGUCCCCACCCGCCGCCAACACUUCCUUCUCAACACAACCUCAAAAAACUGAUUAUCUGAAAGUGGUGAGAUGCGGAAAGGCGAAAGAGAAACGACUCGGCUCAUCGUAUUCGUGGGAAACCCAUUUGAGAGCAUUCGAAGACGGAUCGAAGAGGGAAAAGUAUAUUCCGGUGGAGGCGUUCAACACGAAUACCAAUAUCGAUUUUAAUGAUAUUCUGAAAGAGGGACUUAUUUUCGAAUGCAUAAACCACGACUACGAUAAAGUGACAGACGGUGUCCAAUGUCGCUGGUUCGCCCGCGUUGAGAAAGUGUGCGGCUAUCGAGUAUUGGCUCAAUUCAUCGCCAGUGAGAAGAAGUUUUGGAUUAAUAUGCUCACUGAAGAGAUUCAUAAUAUGGCAAACGCUGCUUUAAAAGAUCCAAAAAUGGCGGCGGUCACGUAUGUUCCGCCGUUUCACGUUGCCAAGGAAUAUGAAAACGAUAUGCAGAAUUUCAUUAGGAACGCCCUGGAGUGUGAAGUAUACGGUCAGAAUACUCUCAGCGAUGAUCACGACGAGACUCUGAAUCGUCUUCACGAUUCUCGAUUCCACGUCGGUCAACGUCUGGAACUUUUGAAUUACGCGAAUUCUUUGGAGAUACGGGUCGCCCGAAUCCAAGAGAUCACUGGUCGCCGUAUUAGUGUUCUGGUAUCCGACGAAGAUUCUCCAGUACCGUUGGACGGAGAAUCCGAUCGUCAAUCUCAGAGUAAUGAAUCACAAUAUUGGAUCGACGAAGCGUCAUUCUUCAUAUUCCCAGUGGGAUUCGCCGCGGUCAACGGCUACAAAUUGUCGGCGAAAAAGGAUUAUAUCGAGCAUACGAAACGUAUCGCCGCCGAUCUGAAAGCGGGAAAACCGCCGAAAUUUUUGAAGGAAGACGUGACUUUCGACGAUUUACCGCAUGAAAAAGUGGACGAAGAGGCGUGGAGCCGACUUAAAGUUGGACAGAAAUUCGAGUUGAUCGAUCCGUUGGCUCAACAAUUCAAAUUGCUCCAUGUGGCGUCGAUUAUCAGUUUUUGCGAGACGGAUGGAUAUAUGAUAGUGGGAAUGGAUGGUCCGGAUCAGUUGGAUGAGAGUUUCCCGAUUCAUAUCAAUAAUACGUUCAUGUUUCCCGUUGGAUACGCGGAGAAAAAUGGAUUAGAAUUGGCGGAUCCUGAUAGUUUCGAGGGAACAUUCAAGUGGGAUGAGUAUUUGGAAAAGGAGAACGCCGAGAGAAUGCCGUUAGAAUUGUUUAGAACGGAGCCGAGUGAAGAGAGAUUGAAUAUGUUUCAGGUCGGAAUGCGUCUCGAAGCGGCCGAUAUGUGUGAGAAUCAGUUCAUUUGUCCGGCGACGAUCAAAGGAGUACACGGACGAAUUAUAAAUGUGAAUUUCGACGGAUGGGACGAGGAGUUUGACGAGCUUUACGAUAUUGACUCUCACGACAUCCUUCCAAUCGGAUGGUGCGAACUACACGGCUACAGUCUCCAACCGCCAAAACGACAGAAUUAUUGA